UUUUCAGACACUGGGGGUAGUGCACAGCCUCUUCUCCAGACUCCAGCCCAGUUUCUGAGAUCUCCGCAGUCUCCGAGGUCGUCCCCCAAAAGCGUCAGGAUGGCGGAGGAAAAGGGUGAAAAGGUGGUGCUGGAGGAAACUGCGUUUGAGGAAAUCGAAAGAGAUUUUCAGGAGGUUCUCAAUGAACUUUCAGGAGACAAAAGUCUGGAGAAAUUCAGGAUUGAGUACGAGAAGCUCCACGCUGUCAUGAAAAAGUCUUAUGACAAUGAAAAGCGUCUGAUGGCCAAGUGCAGAGAGCUGAAUGCAGAGAUCGUGGUGAACUCUGCGAAGGUCGCCACUGCCCUGAAGCUCUCUCAGGAUGACCAGACCACCAUUGCAUCCCUGAAAAAGGAAAUUGAAAAAGCCUGGAAGAUGGUAGACUCAGCCUACGAUAAGGAGCAGAAGGCCAAGGAGACAAUUCUAGCCCUGAAAGAGGAAAUAGUGAACCUGACCAAACUAGUUGAACAAGGGUCUGGACUGUCAUUGGACCAGGACAGCAAUAUUCGAGAUUUACUGAAGUUCAAAGAAGAGGUGACGAAGGAGCGUGAUCAGCUCUUGUCAGAAGUGGUGAAAUUACGAGAGAACCUAGCUCAGACCACUGAACAGCAACAGGAAACAGAACGUGCAAAGGAAGAUGCAGAACAGACCAUCAGUCAGUUUCAACAAGAAAUUCAACAUCGGCAGAACGAGGCUUCGAGAGAGUCUCGCAAGAAGGAAAAACUAGAGAAGGAGCUCAAGCAGAUCCAGUCCGAUAUGGACAGCAGGCAGACGGAGAUAAAGACGCUGCAGCAGUAUAUGCAGAAGAGCAAGGAGGAACUGCAGCGUCUGGAGCAGCAGCUCAAGGAGCAGAAGAUCCUGAAUGAGAGAGCAGCAAAGGAGCUUGAGCAGUUUCAGUUACGAAAUUCUAAACUUCAGCAAGAAAAUGAACAGCACAGUUUGACUUGUGAGCAGCUGUCCCAGGAAAACCAGCAGAAGGCCUUGGAGCUCAAAGCCAAGGAGGAAGAAGUCCAUCAGAUGCGCCUUGACAUCGGGAAGCUUAACAAAAUUAGAGAACAAAUCCAUAAGAAACUACACCUGAUCGAAGAUCAAAAGGCAGAAGUGGAACAGCACAAGGAAACCCUGAAGAAUCAGAUCUUGGGCUUAGAGAGAGAGGUGGAGUCUUCAAAGAAGCAAGUAGAAAUGGAUAAGAAAGCAAUGGAUGAGCUUCUGAGAGAAAGGGACAUACUAAAUAAGAACAUGCUUAAGGCAGUCAGUGCAACCCAGAAGCAGGUAGAGCUGGCGAAACUCCAUGAGCAAGCCAAGAGGAACCUGGAGGAAGAAAUCCAUAAUUACAAGGAAGAGGCCCAGAAGCAAAGAAAGAUCAUCUUCCAACUGGAAAAGGAACGUGAUCGCUACAUCAAUGAAGCCAGUGACCUCACCCAAAAGGUCGUUGCAAGCAUGGAAGACAUUAAAGUCCAUGAAAUCCAGAUUUUUGACUACAGGAAAAAAAUAGCUGAAUCAGAGACUAAAUUAAAACAGCAACAAAGCCUGUAUGAAGCUGUGAGGUCAGAUAGAAACCUGUACAGCAAGAAUCUGGUGGAGGCACAGGAUGAGAUUACAGAAAUGAAGAGAAAGUUAAAGACUAUAACCCAUCAGGUGGAUCAGCUGAAAGAAGAAAUCUCCGCCAAAGAGUCUGCACUCCUGAAGCUGCACCUGGAACAGCAGCGGAUAGAGAAGGAGAAGGAAACACUGAAGGCUGAGCUACAAAAGCUGAGACAGCAAGCCCUGGAGACCAAACACUUCACUGAAAAGCAGGAGUUGGAAGAGAGAAAGCUCCUGCGAAUCAUCGCUGAAGCGGAUGGGGAGAGGUUGAGGCAGAAGAAGGAAUUAGACCAGGUCAUCAGUGAGAGAGAUAUCCUGGGUUCUCAACUUGUCCGGCGUAAUGAUGAGUUAGCUUUGUUGUAUGAGAAGAUCAAGAUCCAGCAGUCAGUGCUGAACAAAGGUGAGACCCAGUACAACCAGAGAGUGGAGGACAUGCGGAUCCUCAAACUGGAGAUCAAGAAGCUUCGCCGAGAAAAGGGGAUCCUUGCCAAGAGCGUGGCUAAUGUGGAGGAACUGAGGCAGGAGCUUUUCCACAUGCAAAGAGAAUUCUUGAAGGAACGAACAAGAUGUCGAGCCCUGGAAGAGGAGCUGGAGAACCCCAUGAAUGUGCACCGAUGGAGGAAGCUUGAGGCCAGCGACCCUAGUGCCUUUGAGCUGAUACAGAAAAUUCACAUGCUGCAGAAGCGACUCAUCAGCAAGACGGAAGAGGUGGUGGAGAAGGAACUGCUUCUUCAGGAAAAGGAGAAACUGUAUGUGGAACUGAAGCACAUCUUGGCCCGGCAGCCUGGCCCUGAGGCUGCAGAGCAGCUGCUCAUCUAUCGGCACACACUGCGGGAGAAGACCAAGCAGCUUAAAGUUUUGUCAUCAGAACUGAACAUGUAUGAAUCACAGAGCCAGGAGUACAAGUAUGAGAUCGAGAGGCUGGGCAAUGAACUGGUGAAUUUAAAGAAGAAAUACCUGGCUCAGAAACGUAGAGAACUCAUUCAGAAAAACAAGGACAAAAUAUCCAUGAAUAACACUUUUGCAAUGACCAAGGAAACUGGCCCUCGUUUUGCUGGGGGUGGAUUUCCCCUCAAUCAGACAUCCAAGGUGAAGUUGUAACUGGAAGCAGCUGGAAAAAUCAGGUUCAACAGAUCAAGAAAUUUGCUCUGGAACUUUGUGGAGGAAUCUCUUUUAAAUCCCUCAGAUAACAUACAGGAAAAGCUAGUGCCUGGAUUCCAGAUUGGAAAGGAAUGGACAGUUAUCGAGUCAUGUACAUUUAGGAGUGAUGAUGUCUUACCUGAACCACAUGGACCUUAACAGACUAUAAUUCUAGCUCUUCAGUUAGGCUGGUCCUUGGCACAAAGCAGAU